UCUGCAAGGAUUUUUUUACCUACGUCACUACGAAUCUAAACACAGUUCAUCUUAGCCGUCAAUACCACCAGCUUUCAAUCAACGCUAAAUUAAGAAAGUCUAGAUAUCUUUUUCUCCUAAUAACCGUCCAUUCUAGGGCACACAACAAAUUUCCAUCCACAGAAGAAAGAGAGAGAGAGUUUUUAGAGAGAAAGAAGCAGAGAAAAUUAAGCAAAACAAGCAACCAUGGCGACGACUACAGUAUCAGCUUGGGGAAAACCAGGAGCAUGGGCAUUAGAAGCAGAAGAAAACGAUGCAGCAGAAGAAUUGAUUCAACAACAAGAGAAAGAAAAAGAGAAGGAGAAGAGUAAGCUUUUCAAGUUCAGUCAUCAACAGAAAGAAGAACAACAGCCGCUCGCUGAUUUCCCAUCACUAUCAGCAGCAGUAGCAACAAAAACCAAGAAGAAGAAAGCAGUUCCGAUACCACUUUCUGAAUUCCAAACUGGAUCCAAGAAUUCAUCAUCUCAACCAGGUUUAACAACUGAUGAGCUUCGUUCGUUACCAACUCGUCCUAGAGAACGUACAGCUGAUGAGCUUGAACGUGAUUCAGGUCGUUUGGGUGGUGGAUUCCGUUCUUAUGGAGGUAAUAGAGAAGAAAGAUCUGAUGAAUCUAGGGGUAGAAGCGGAGGAGGGUUUAGGGAUAGGGAGAAUACUAAAGAUUCUGGUCCGUCUAGGGCUGAUGAGUCUGGUGAUUGGGGUUCUAAGAAAGCAGUUGGAGGAUUUGAGAGGAGAGAAAGAGGUAGUGGUGGUGGUGGAUUUUUUGAUUCACAAUCUAGGGCUGAUGAAACUGAUGAUUGGGGUGCCGCUAAGAGAUCAGCUGGACCUCCUUCUUUUGAGAGGAGAGAAAGAGGUGCUGGUGGUGGAUUUCCAGAUACAGGGUCUAGAGCUGAUGAAUCUGAUAGCUGGGUAACCAAUAAGAGCAGGGUUUCUUCAAUGCCUCCACCGCGAAGAGCUGGUGGAGGAUUUGAGAGGGAGAGAAGAGACGGGUUUGGGUUUCAGAAGGAGAAUUCUAAUGGAGGUGGUCCAGAUUCAGAUACUUGGGGGAAGAAGAGAGAGGAAGUUUCAUCUCCUACUGGGAUGGGUAAUGGAGCAAGGCCUAAACUUGUUUUGAAGCCAAGGACUCUUUCACCUACUAAUGGAGAAGAACAACCUGGAACCGUGACCAAAACUAAGGGUUCAAAUCCGUUCGGAGAUGCUAGACCAAGAGAGGAAAUCUUGGAAUCAAAAGGUCAGGAUUGGAAGAAGAUGGAUGAGCAAUUCGAUUCCAUCAAGAUUAAAGAAAACAGUUCUAAUGGGACUGGUCCAGUUGAUGGUUCAUCUUCAUUCGGAAAGAAGAGUUUUGGUAAUGGCAAUGGAAGUGAAACAGAGAGGAGCUGGAGGAAGCCUGGAUCUCGUGAUGUCUCACCUCCUCCAAGUCCGAGGUAGAGAAUGAGGAUGGAGGUGUUGCUGCUGAAACUGAAACCGAAAUUGCAAGCUGAAGAGAGAGAGAUACACAAACGAUAUGUAUCAAGAGAGAAAAUUAGCGUGACAUCUUGUCAUUUUUUUUCAUAUAUAUACUUUAUUAUUUAGUUAUUAUUCAGUAGAGUUACUUUGGAAAUUUUGAUAGCAUCCAUGAUCUUGCUAAUGUUACCUUAAAAGGAGUUGUUUGUAUUAGAGACAAUUAUUUAUUUUUCUUUUUCUCAUUGCAACUUAUUAUACAAGUUUUGGGGCAA